AUGAAAUCGUUCGUGUUUUUUGCUUUAAUUGCUGCCGCAUAUGCUGCCCCGCUGUUGAACCCACAGGAUGUCCAAAUUGUUCGUUAUGACGUCAACAAUGGUGGACUUGAUUCCUACAGUUUCGCAUGGGAGACGUCUGAUGGAUCAAAACACGAAGAACAGGGACAACUUAAGAAUCUGGGAACUGAGAACGAAGCCAUAGCUGUUCAAGGUCAAUACGCUUGGGUUGGACCUGAUGGAGUCACAUACAUAGUCCGCUACAUUGCUGACGAGAACGGUUUUCAGCCUACCAUUGAACAGGGUCCUGGUGGAGCCGUACCAUCGGCAGUCGUCGCUUCACUUCUAGGUUAA